AUGCCUCCGAAGAAGAAGGCCGCUACCGGAGCCGGUAUCAAAGCUGAAUCCAGUUCACGACCGAGCUCGUCCGCAGCCGGUCAACGAGUGUCCAAAACAGCACGGCUACUCCAUGAACAAUUGGUCGCGAUCUCUCCUGCUCUCAAGUCCCAAGAUGAGGUUAAUGAAAUGUUACCUGACAAGGCCCAGGGUCAGAUUGCAGAAGCGGUGAACGAGUUGUUGGGAUACAGAAUGAUUGAAAUCCAGAUCCAAAAUGGCAAUGAAAUCAUGUACCGCGGCCUCCGUCCCCAAGAAGCCGCCCGCCUCUCAGACCUCGACCCUGAUGACGAAAUUGUCUACCAAAUCGUCCAAUCUGUUGCUGCAGAUGGAAUCUACCUCGCUGCACUCCGCAAGAAAUCCAAUCUACCCCAAGUCACUGUCACGAAUGUUAUCAAACGCCUCGAAUCAAAACAAAUGAUCAAACAAGUCAAGAACGUUGAGAAACCAACGCAAAAGUGGUACAUGUUGUAUGAUCUGGAGCCUAGUGCGAGUUUGAGUGGGGGGGUGUUCUAUUCGGAUGAUGGGUUGGACGAGGGGUUUAUUUUGGGGUUGAGUGAGGGGAUAUUGAAGUUCUUGAAGGAUCGGACGUGGCCGAAGAAGAUGGCGGGGAAUAAGAUUCGGGCGACACAUUUUGUGCCGGAUUACACCGGUUGCUACCCAAAUGCAACCGAAAUCCACAAGUGGGUCAAGAGCAUGGGUAUCACCAACACUGAACUUACGGUUUCGGAUAUCAUGCAGUUGCUGGAUGUCUUGAUCUACGAUGGAAAGAUUGAGAAGAGGCCGGAUGGGAUGACAUACUCUGCUGUACGUGACUUCAACAAGACGGCGCAGAAUCCAUUUGUGGAGGCGCCAUGUGGGAAUUGUCCGGUGUUCAAUGUCUGUGAGGAGGGUGGGCCGGUGAAUCCUGGGAGUUGUGUGUAUUACCAGGACUGGCUUGGUGACUUGGGGGAUGGAGAGGAGGAGAUCUUCUGA